CCAGUGGAGCGGUGCAUGAGCAGCAUGCAGGAGGGGACCCAGAUGGUGAAGCUCCGAGGCGGCUCCAAGGGCCUGGUCCGCUUCUACUACCUCGACGAGCAUCGCUCCUGCCUCCGCUGGCGGCCCUCRCGCAAGAACGAGAAGGCCAAGAUCUCCAUCGACUCCAUCCAGGAGGUGAGCGAGGGGCGGCAGUCCGAGAUCUUCCAGCGCUACCCSGACGGCAGCUUCGACCCCAACUGCUGCUUCAGCAUCUACCAUGGCAGCCACCGGGAGUCGCUGGACCUGGUCUCGCCCAGCGGGGAGGAGGCUCGCACCUGGGUGACCGGCCUGCGUUACCUCAUGGCUGGCAUUAGUGACGAGGACAGCUUGGCCCGCCGCCAGCGCACCAGGGACCAGUGGCUGAAGCAGACGUUCGAUGAGGCGGACAAGAACCGGGACGGCAGCCUGAGCAUCGGCGAGGUGCUGCAGCUGCUGCACAAGCUCAACGUGAACCUACCCCGGCAGCGCGUGAAGCAGAUGUUCAGGGAAGCGGACACGGAUGACCGCCAGGGAGCGCUGGGAUUCGAGGAGUUCUGUGCUUUCUACAAGACGAUGUCCACGCGCCGGGACCUCUACCUCCUCCUGCUGACCUACAGUAACCACAAGGACCACCUGGACGCUGCCGACCUGCAGCGCUUCCUGGAGGUGGAGCAGAAGAUGAAGGGUGUGACGCUCGAGAGCUGCCGGGACAUCAUUGAGCAGUUUGAACCCUGCCCAGAGAACAAGAGCAAGGGGGUGCUGGGUAUUGAUGGUUUCACCAACUACACGCGGAGCCCGGCGGGCGACAUCUUCAACCCGGAGCACCACGGCGUUCACCAGGACAUGACGCGGCCRCUCAGCCACUACUUCAUCACCUCCUCCCACAACACCUACCUCGUGGGCGACCAGCUCAUGUCCCAGUCCCGGGUGGACAUGUAUGCCUGGGUCCUGCAGGCCGGCUGCCGUUGCGUGGAGGUGGACUGUUGGGACGGGCCUGACGGGGAGCCCAUCGUGCACCACGGCUACACCCUGACCUCCAAGAUCCUCUUCAGAGAUGUCAUCGAAACCAUCAACAAAUACGCCUUCGUGAAGAAUGAGUAUCCAGUGAUCCUGUCCAUCGAGAACCACUGUAGUGUCRUCCAGCAGAAGAAGAUGGCCCAGUACCUGACUGACAUCCUCGGGGACAAGCUGGACCUGUCAUCAGUGAGCAGUGAGGACGCUACCAAGCUUCCUUCUCCGCAGAUGCUCAAGGGCAAGAUCCUGGUGAAGGGGAAGAAGCUCCCAGCCAACAUCAGUGAGGAUGCAGAGGCCGGUGAGGUGUCGGACGAGGACAGCGCCGACGAGAUUGACGAUGACUGCAAGCUCCUGGAUGGGGAUGCCUCCACCAAUCGGAAGCGUGUGGAAAACAUCGCUAAGAGGAAACUGGACUCUCUAAUCAAGGAGUCCAAGAUCCGGGACUGUGAGGAUCCCAAYGACUUCACCAUCUCCACACUGUCCCCGUCUGGGAAACCUAGGCACAAGGCAGAGGCCAAAAAGGCUCACCCUCUGUCUCUCCCUUGGGGUCAGAGCAAGGCCGAGGAGGACACGGAGUCUGGGGAGGACGCCGGGGCCAGCAGACGCAACAACCGCCUCCUCAUGAGCAGCUUCUCCAAGCGCAAGAAAAAGGGCAGCAAACUAAAGAAGGCAGCCAGCGUGGAGGAGGGGGACGAGGACCUGGACUCCCCAGGAAGCCAGAGCCGAGGGACAGCCCGGCAGAAGAAGACCAUGCAGCUGUCCCGGGCCCUCUCGGACCUGGUGAAAUACACCAAGUCCGURGGCACCCACGACGUGGAGACGGAGGUGGUGUCCAGCUGGCAGGUGUCAUCCUUCAGCGAGACCAAGGCCCACCAGAUCCUGCAGCAGAAGCCGGAGCAGUACCUGCGCUUCAACCAGCACCAGCUCUCCCGCAUCUACCCCUCCUCCUACCGGGUCGACUCCAGCAACUACAAUCCGCAGCCCUUCUGGAACGCAGGCUGCCAGAUGGUGGCCCUGAAUUACCAGUCAGAGGGGCGGAUGCUGCAGCUGAACCGGGCCAAGUUCAGUGCCAACGGCAGCUGUGGCUACGUGCUCAAGCCCCAGUGCAUGUGCCAGGGCRUCUUCAACCCCAACUCUGAGGAUCCCCUGCCUGGGCAGCUCAAGAAGCAACUGGCCCUGAGGAUCAUCAGUGGGCAGCAGCUCCCCAAGCCACGGGACUCGAUGCUGGGUGACCGCGGGGAGAUCAUUGACCCCUUCGUGGAGGUGGAGGUCAUUGGGCUCCCUGUGGACUGCAGCAAGGAGCAGACCCGAGUGGUGGACGACAAUGGGUUCAACCCCAUGUGGGAGGAGACCCUGGUGUUCACAGUGCACAUGCCCGAGAUCGCACUGGUCCGCUUCCUCGUCUGGGACCAUGAUCCCAUCGGGCGAGACUUCAUUGGCCAAAGGACACUGGCCUUCAGCAGCAUGCUGCCAGGCUACCGGCACGUGUACCUGGAGGGGAUGGAAGAGGCCUCCAUCUUUGUGCACGUGGCUGUCAGUGACAUCAGUGGUAAGGUCAAGCAGGCUCUGGGCCUAAAAGGCCUAUUCCUCCGAGGCCCAAAGCCAGGCUCACUGGACAGUCAUGCUGCUGGGCAGCCCCCACCCCGGCCCUCCGUUAGCCAGCGGCUCCUGCGGCGCACGGCCAGUGCUCCAACCAAGAGCCAGAAGCCGGGCCGCAGGGGCUUCCCGGAGCUGGCCCUGGGCACGCAGGACACCGGCUCCGAGGGGGCAGCUGACGACGUGGUACCUCCCAGCCCUGGCCCUGCUCCCGAGGCCUUGGUGUGUGAGGGUCCCAGCGGUAGCAGCCCGCGAGAUGCUCACCCCUUCUCUGGGCAGCGGCCAAUCUCCCCUCUGUGCAGCCUGGAAACCAUUGCCGAGGAGCCGGUCCUGGGCCCUGGCCCCCCACCACAGGCAGCUGGCCCCACCAGCUCCCGCAGGGAAGGGCCCCAGUCCCCUGCGGGGCCUGGAGCCAAAGUGGCCAGCACACCACGGACUGCUCUGGGAGCCUCUGAGCCCCUACAGCUCAGAACCAGGCAUGAAGGGGACCGCAAAGAGCCCCCCAGGGAGCCGYGCCAUGGUGGUGCCAGCGGGGCAUGCCCAGGGUCCCCUGUCAGCCAGAYGCACAGCAAGAGCCACCCCCAAGCCCUGGGUCACCUGCCCAUGGUCAGAAGAGCCAAGAGUGAGGGCCAGGUGCUGCUGGAGCCCCUGGGUCCCUGGCGGCCCCUGGCCGGGCCCUCCCCGACCCCAGCCAUGCACUCAGACGCCACCAGCAGUGACCGGCUGUGGCAGCRGCUGGAGCCAGGCAGCCACCGUGACAGUGUGUCCUCGUCGUCCAGCAUGUCUUCCAGCGACACGGUCAUUGACCUCUCCCUGCCAAGCCUGGGCCUGGGCCGCAGCCGUGAGAGCCUCACUGGGGGCCUGCUUGGACGUCUGCCCCCAAGGCCCUGCUCAGCCUCGGCCACUCGCCCUGACCGGCCUCCUGUGACCAAGAGCAAAUCGAACCCCAACCUGCGGGCCGUGAGUCAGCGGCCUCCUGUGUCUGACGAGCUGCGACCCCGGCCCCUGGCCCCACGCCCUCCCGGCCUCCACACUCGGUCACCCUGGGGCCCCCUCACCCUGGUGGGCUUGCAGGACUACCCCGAGGCUGCCAAGUCCAAGAGCCUGGGGGACCUGACUGCCGACGACUUUGGCCCCAGCUCUGAGGGGAGCUCCUGCAGCCUGAGCCGCAGCCUGGGCGCCCCGGGCCGGGCUGGGCAGGAGGUGCAGCCGGACGCACUGACGGAGCAGCUGCGCUGGCUUGUGGGCUGCRGGCAGGCUGGGGACAUCGCAUCACCCACGGCUCUGGGCCCAGGUGGGGAGGGGUCAGUGGGGGGUCCGGGCUUCUUGCGGAGGUCCUCCUCCCGAAGCCAGAGUCGCGUGCGAGCCAUUGCCAGCAGGGCCCGCCAGGCCCAGGAGCGGCAACAGCGGAUGCGGAGCCUGGGCCAGAGGGGCCCCCCGGAGGAGCGGGGCACCCCCGAAGGCGCCUGCUCCGUGGGCCCCGAAGGCUUCAUGGACACACCUGCCCCCUCCAAGGGCGCCCUGGAGCAGGUGUCCAGUGCRGCCGACAGCUUGCUCCUGCUGAGGCUCUGA